AUGGAUUCCCCCUUAGCCCCUACCUGCAGAGGGCGUGUCCCCUGGCAGGGGCUCCUGCUGACCGUCUCACUCUUAACCUUCUGGAGCCCACCCACCACUGCCCAACUCAGUGUUGAAUUAGUGCCACCCAAUGCUGCCGAAGGGAAGGAUGUGCUUCUCCGAGUCCACAAUCUGCCUGGGAGUCUCGUAGGCUAUGCCUGGUACAAGGGGGAAAGUAUGGACAUCAGCCAUCAAAUUGCAUCGUAUGUAAUAGACACUCAUGAAAUACACCCAGGACCUUUAUACAGUGGUCAAGAGACAAUAUACCCCAAUGGAUCCCUGCUGUUCCAGAAGGUCACCCUGAAGGAUACAGGAAACUACACCCUACUGGCCACAAACAAAGAGUUUCAGCAUAUACAAGUAACUGGGCAGUUCCGUGUAUACCAUGAUCCAACACCACAAAGUCCUGGCCUCUCAGAUGGGGCUAUCGCUGGCAUCGUGAUUGGAGUCCUGGCGGGCGUGGCUCUGAUAGCAGCCCUGGUGUACUUUCUGUACAUCAGAAAGACUUGAGGGUCCCUGAAGUUACAUAUUCUUUGCUCACCUUCAGUGGCCAGGAAUCAAAGAAACCAACCUCAGCCUCUCUGUCCCCAACAGCCACAGAAACGGUUUAUUCAGAAGUAAAAAAGAAGUAAUGCAAUUCUGCUCACUGCACUGCUGACUGAUGCCAAGCUUCUCAUCUCAUUUCCAUC